GUUGGCUGCCAUGAUGCCUGGUCCCCUUAAACGUACGCUUUGGCAGGUUAUAAAAAUGUUCAGUGCGAGCCAGUCCUCCAAAGCCCAGUUCCUCGACAAGGCGCGCCAGGCUCGGGAGGAGCGGAGGGAGCUGAAGGAGAGGGAGCGCGCCGCAGUCCAGGUCCAGGCUUUGAUCAGGAGGUUUCUCUGUCGCUGCCGCCUGCAGAGGGAGAUCAGGAGAGAAGUGGAGGAUUUCUUUGGGGCAAAUGAAUCUGUCUCAAGUAAAAGAAGUGCUCUUUCUGUCUUCAGAAUUGCCAGGAAGCUGCUGUUUGUGUUUAAUCAUAAAGAGGACAAAGAGAGAUUUGAAAAGCUGUGUCGUUGCAUUCUUAACAGCAUGGACGCUGAGAAUGAGCCCAAGGUGUGGUACGUGUCGCUGGCGCUCUCCAAGGAUCUCACGCUCCUGUGGAUCAAACAGAUCAAAGACAUUUUGUGGUUUUGCUGUGAAUUUCUCAAGCAGCUUAAGCCUGACAUCUUGCAAGACUCCAGACUGGUCAAUUUGCACCUCACGAUGCUCGUCACCUUCACGGACACUUCGACGUGGAAAAUCCUUCGGGGAAAAGGUGAGACCCUGAGGCCUGCCAUGAACCACAUCUGUGCAAACAUCAUGGGACACCUGAAUCAGAAGGGAUUUUAUUCUGUGCUGCAGAUUUUGCUAACUAAUGGCUUGGCACGAUCCAGACCCUCCUUGUCCAAAGGCUCUUUAACUGCCAUCUUCUCUCUUGCAUUGCGCCCUGUGGUUGCUGCGCAGUUCUCAGACAAUCUGUUGAGGUCGUUUCUGAUCCAUAUCAUGUCUGUGCCUGCUAUAAUGACUCAUCUUGCUACUCUAACACCUGAGCGCCUGGCAGUGAUAGAAUCUCAUGAUCUUUUCCGCAAGUUCGUCCUGUUUUUAAGUCGUGAGGCACAAUGCCGAGACGUCUGCGUGUGCUUAGAAGGAAGCCACACUCUCUGUUUGUUAGGUAAUCUUGUGUACCUGGGCUCCUUGAACGACAGAGUUCUCGAGGAGGAGACAGCUCACUUUGUGGGUGUGCUCAUCCACAUGCUCUCCUACUGCCAGAAGUACGUUUCACAAAAGAAAUCCAACCUCACCCACUGGCAUCCUGUCCUGGGCUGGUUUUCACAGACUGUGGAUUAUGGAUUGAAUGAGUCCAUGCCUCUGCUGACGAAGCAACUGCAGCAUCUCUGGGGAGUCCAUAUGAUCCGCAUCCUCUUCAGUGAUGUGCUCAGCAAGAAAUUGCUGGAGAAUCAGGAAAUAGCUCAGCUGCCAACACAGCCAGUUUCCCCUCAGAACAGCCUUCCCAUGAAGAAUCUGUUCAAGAGAGCUUUCCAGAAGUCUGCCUCUGUCCGCAACAUCCUCAAGCCCGUUGGAGGCAAGCGGGUGGACUCGGCAGAGGUGCAGAAGGUGUGCAGCAUCUGUGUCCUCUACCAAACCACCCUCACGACGCUGACGCAGAUCCGCCUGCAGAUACUCACAGGCCUCACUUACCUGGAUGAUCUGUUGCCCAAAUUAUGGGCUUUUAUCUGUGAGCUGGGACCCCAGGGUGGGUUAAAACUCUUCUUGGAGUGCUUGAAUAAUGAUACGGAGGAAUCCAAGAGGCUGCUGGCCAUGCUGAUGCUCUUCUGUGACUGCUCCCGCCACCUUAUCACGAUUCUUGAUGACAUAGAAGUCUAUGAAGAGCAGAUUUCAUUCAAACUGGAAGAGCUUGUUACCAUCUCGUCUUUCCUGAAUUCCUUUGUAUUUAAGAUGAUCUGGGAUGGAAUUGUAGAGAAUGCCAGAGGGGAGACCCUGGAGCUGUUCCAUUCCGUCCACGGCUGGCUCAUGGUCUUGUACGAGAGGGACUGCCGCAGGCGGUUUGCUCCCGAGGAUCACUGGUUACGCAAGGACCUCAAACCCAGCGUGCUCUUCCAGGAGCUGGACAAGGACAAGAAACGAGCCCAGCUGCUCCUCCAGUACAUCCCGCACGUCAUUCCCCACAAGAACAGGGUGCUGCUUUUCCGAAACAUGGUUACAAAGGAGAAGGAGAAGCUUGGGCUGGUUGAAACCAGCUCUGCGUCACCUCACGUCACACACAUCACAAUCCGCCGCUCACGGAUGCUGGAGGAUGGAUAUGAACAGCUACGGCAGCUUUCCCAGAACGCCAUGAAGGGAGUGAUCAGAGUGAAGUUUGUGAAUGAUCUGGGAGUCGAUGAGGCUGGUAUUGACCAAGAUGGUGUCUUCAAAGAGUUUCUGGAAGAGAUAAUAAAAAAAGUGUUUGACCCAGCACUCAACUUGUUCAGGACCACGAGCGGCGACGAGAGGCUGUAUCCCUCCCCAACAUCCUACAUUCACGAGAACUACCUACAGCUCUUCGAGUUCGUGGGGAAGAUGCUUGGGAAGGCUGUGUAUGAGGGAAUAGUCGUGGAUGUACCAUUUGCCUCCUUCUUCUUGAGUCAGCUGCUUGGGCACCACCACAGUGUCUUCUACAGCUCCGUAGAUGAACUUCCCUCCUUGGACUCAGAGUUCUAUAAAAAUCUCACUUCAAUUAAGCGUUAUGAUGGUGAUAUCAGUGACUUGGGCUUAACGCUGUCCUACGAUGAAGAUGUGAUGGGUCAGCUUGUUUGCCAUGAACUUGUUCCUGGAGGGAAGACCAUUCCUGUUACCAAUGAAAAUAAGAUCAGCUACAUCCAUCUCAUGGCUCACUUCCGGAUGCACACGCAGAUCAAGAGUCAGACGGCAGCGCUCAUCAGUGGGUUCCGGUCGAUCAUCAAGCCUGAGUGGAUUCGUAUGUUCUCUGCACCGGAGUUGCAGCGGCUGAUCUCUGGGGACAACGCCGAGAUUGACCUCGAGGACUUAAAAAAACACACGGUGUACUACGGGGGCUUCCACGGGAGUCACCGGGUCAUCAUCUGGCUGUGGGACAUCCUGGCCCAUGACUUCAGCCCUGAGGAGAGAGCCAUGUUUCUCAAGUUUGUCACCAGCUGCUCCAGGCCUCCCCUUCUGGGCUUUGCCUACCUCAAGCCUCCUUUUUCCAUCCGCUGCGUGGAAGUCUCUGACGAUCAGGACACGGGCGACACGCUGGGCAGCGUGCUCCGGGGCUUCUUCACCAUCCGCAAGAAAGAGCCAGGCGGGCGUCUCCCAACCUCCUCGACGUGUUUCAACCUCCUCAAGCUUCCCAACUACAGCAAGAAGAGCAUCCUGCGGGAGAAGCUGCGCUACGCCAUCAGCAUGAACACCGGCUUCGAGCUGUCCUAGUUGCCGUGGCCCCGGACUCCGCGUUGGGGGGCUCUCGGAGCUGCUGACUGCUGCUGGGGGCGGAGGCCUUCAGGCGCAGAGGGUGGAUCAGCUCCGCGGGAGCUGGCUGCUCGCUCGAGGGCUGGAGAGAUGCAGCUGAUCGUGGAGGUACACAGGGAAGAGCUGCUGGGCCAGGCAGGGCUGGCUCUUGGGCACUGCUCCAGGAGGAAGGAGGUGGAUGGGCCUGACCCAAUACACUUCGCUUGACACCCACGUAAAUCGUCUUUCAAAGCAAACCCCGGGGGAGCAUAAAAGGAACGUUACAAGUGCCAGUCAGAUUAGUGACCGUCAUACCC